AUGAUGAAAAGUGGUUGGAUGCGGGUGGAGUGACGCAAAGGAGUGGGGCCGCGGCAAGGUCGUCGUCGGAGUCGGGUCACUGAGUAUGUUCUACUAUCCGCCUUACCACGCCACCUACUGGAAUGCAGGGAACAAGAAGAAGUCCAAGAAGCAUCAACAACAGCAGCAGCAGCAGCAGCAAAUUCUCCAGCACCAACAAUUGCAGCAACACCAGUCGCAGAUUCCGCCGCAGUUGAGAUCGCAGCCGCCUUCGCGCUGUCAAAGCGCUGCGAGCGACUUCCUGUAUCCCAGGUACGCCACGGCGUCCCAACACCAGCCCCGGAGACCGUUUCCGGCUGCGAGGCAGUACUUGCUGGAUGCCACCUAUGCAGCUGGCAGUUACCAGGGGAGUUACCAGGGCAGUAGUCCCACCAGUUCCGACUUUGACGAGCAGCGUCUGUAUGCUGCAAGGCGUGGGAUCCAGUUCCCCGCAACAGCCAUCACGUCUCCGUCGGGGAGCCACCAGCACCAGCACCACCUGCUCAUACACCAGCACAACCAUCACCACCACCACCAACACCCCCUCCACCAGCAGAGGGACCUGGUGUUUGAUGCCUGUAGUGACAGCCAGGCUUCCCAAGACGGGCCUCCUUCGUCGAGGGACAACCCGACGGCGAGUUCAGUCACGGAUCAGGAGGAGAGUGACACCAAUCACGCCAAACAGGAGCCGGCAGUUGAUGACGCUGAUGUUGAAGACGACGCCGACAUGGAUGACGGCGGCGAAGACGACGACGAUGCAGCAGGAGUAGGUCUUGGUGCUCGUCGUGGCGACGGGGAUGCUGCUGACUGCAACAACGACGACGAAGAGGUUGACGACGAGGAUGAGGAAGAAGACGACGACAAUCGGUCCAUGCGACUGCAGAUGGAGUCCGACGAGCGGGCCAGCAGCGUGGUGCGGCUGGAGUACGAGGGGAUCUACUCGGAGCUGCGGGCAGCCUGUGGCGUGUCUCAAGGCAGGUGCACGAUCCCCAGCACCAGCCUCGGCAUCUCCAAUAACUGUGAUCCCGUCUCUUCGCCAGAUCCCUCGCCGCUGCCCACGGCUGCCGUCGUGUCUGUUGGAGGUGAGGCGAAUGCAAGUGCAAAUGCUGCUCAUGCCAUGUUGAUUCAUCAUCAUCAACAGUAA